GGCGGGGCGAAGGGGCGACUCUGGGAAGGAAGGACGGACGGAGCCGGGCAGGGACUCAGCCCGGGAAGAAGGAGUCGCACCGGGAUCGCAAGGAGGCAGAGGCAGGCUCACUCACUCUUCUGGGACACGGCCAUCUCUACACAUGAACUUCGAAUUGUGUCCUCAAGAUCGCUACAAUCAAGGGUGCUCCAAAUAGUUUUUCAGAAAAGGGCAGAAUCUCUUUCAGUAUGAGCUGUGAAAAGACAAAGCGUCUUCCAACCCGAAUAGUAACUACCACCUUAGUGGUGAAGCAACACAUUGUGAGAAAGGACAGGGGAACUGAGGGAAGUUAUCUCCAGAACGGACGCACUGUAUCUGAUAUUACUGAAGAAACUGAAUAUAUAAAACAGAUUAGAUCCACUCUUGCGAAAGUUCAACCUCUCCUGUGUAAAAAUGAAUCUCGCCAUGGAGUUGCAAAUCACAUGCUGGAUUCAAAGCUACAUUUCCAAGAUCCUGAACUGGAACCUGAUGAAAGGUCCCUGUCCUUCAGCUACAAGGAGACAGUGGACAAGACGGAAAAAGCAGAAGAAGAACUUUCACGGGUGAACAAAGAAAACGAACUGUUAAAGAUCAAGCUGGAAGCUUCAAGGGCAGCUGGUGCAGAAUCUCUGAAAUAUGCAUCCCAGCAACUCCAUGAAGAUUACAGGAAGCGCUCUGAAGAUCUCAAGAAAAGGCAAGAAGGAACCAUACACAUAAUGAAGGCCCGCAAGCUGGAGCAAGAACAAAAAUUAAAGCAAAGCACAGAUAAUCUUAGCCAGCUGAAUGUGCAGCUACAAGAAAAGCAAAGCCAGAUUGAAGAACUGGAGAAACGAAUACAAAGGAUGGAAGAGGAGAAGAAAAAGUUAAAUGAAAAGAAAGGAGUUUUAAAAGAGAAGCUGCACCAGAUGAUGUCAAAUGCUGAAAAUACUAAAAGCUGUGCAGGCGUUCAGACAGAGAUGUCCACACUUCAGGAGCAAAUUAGCCACUUGGACAACCUGAUCCAUUUUCAGCAUCAACACUUACAUGGUGUGAUUCAACAGAUGGAAGAACUGAAUAAUGAAUUAAUGCUCCAAGAUGAAAAAAUAGAAAGCCUAAAAGAAACAAUUGAGACACUCCAAGCAAAGAACAAAGAACUGAAAUACAAGGUGGAAUUCUACUCUAGUCAGUCUAAACCAAAAGUUUCUAAAGCUGUUUCAGCAAGGUUGGAUGCAGGUUUACCAUAUACCAUGAUAUCCAGACUACGCAGAUGAAGGAUUCCUAGGAAACGUAGACCUUUUCCCAGAUCAUUCUUCUAUUGUUUUCCAUUCAAGGAUAAACCUCCUGUGCAAUUUUGUUUGAAAUAUGCUGUACAGGAAAUCUCAUAACAUGUUUGAGCUUCUGGACUCACUGGAACAAAGAUGGAAUCCCAGGCUUUUCAAUGAAGAGAGCAAAUGUUCAGAUGUGAAAGACAGAUUGUUUACUUUUAAUUUAUUUAUAAAGACUCAAUGGUAGAGUUGUGCAUAUUCCUAUCAACGCACUGCCAUCAGCACUGAUUCAUCUAUACUGAAUAGAUUUCAUCAAGCCAGUUCUGUGUGUGAUGAACAGCACAUUCAUCUAUGCUGGAGAACAUAUGGAGAGUUAACAAGGCUGAAUCUAAGCCCAGAAAGUUAUCUCAGAUAUAAUGAUGCAAAAGAGGAGAAAAAUAGCUGUGAUGGACUGAUCCACCCACAGUAAACUUAAGCCAAGGUUUGUAGUGGCAAACUCCCCCAAAUUGCCUAUUUCAGGGAUGACUCGUAUGAUAUGAUUUCUGUAUCAUGGCAUCGUUUCCCUUUUUAGGGUAUCCUGAGAAUGGACAUUCAAUGAGGGGAUGUCAGCAAAGACUAUCUGUCUCAGGACAGCAAGCUGCCCUGCGGAGUUGUGAGCUGCUCAAAAUCAGGAACAGCAGUUUGUUUUGAUAACAGGGAUUGCUUUCUCUGCCAUCCAUCCCCUUGGCACCACUUUCAGCCACUGCCAAAAGUUCUUUAUCCCACCAUUGUGCAAUGUAGGGCACCAAUAAGUUUCCAGCCUGUGUUGGCAUGCACAUAUUCAGCAUGUGUGAAUGUACGUCAACAGAAAUGAUCGACAUCUCACAAAUUUACAGUCUCUAUGGUAUUUUAUCAGGAGCCAUGGCUGCUGCAGUGUUGUUGAAAUGUUUGUAGUGGAAAUCAGAACUUGAAAAUGUUCUCUAUUUGAAUGAUAGCGCCUCACAGAAUCCCCUAACAGUCAUUCAUUGCCUUUACUAACUAGAAAUUCUGGGUGCUGUUGUCCAAAAAAAAAAAAAAAAGGAACAUUUUCAAGCUCAGAUGGAUAUAUACCUUUCCUUUAUGAUCACACUUCAGUGUUUUACGAUGUGUAUUACCAACCAUAACAAGCUUAUAUAAUACCGAACAAGAUUGUAUCAACUAGACAUAGGAAAGUAUAGCAGACUCAGUCCAGGCACAGUUAAAUGUUCCUGCUUCUCACUGAGUUUAAAUGGUUGAAUUAAUCAUGUAUUUCUCCCACUGUAACAGUAGAUGCUAAAAUUGUUUCAGAGUGCCAUUUCAAGUGUACUUAUUAGGUGGUAAGCCCCAUUGAGCACAGUAGGAGUUUACUGUUGAGUGAACAUGAAUAGGACCAGGCUGUAAAUUUGGCUGGAAUUAUGCCACAGGAUAUGGUGUCAGUGUUAAGUCCUGUUAAAUUAAAUGAAGAAUAAGGUUCGUGGUUAUUUAUUGAUUAACUAUAUGUAUUUUAUGCCCUAAAUUAUAUUUUUCCAAGGUCUAUCUAGAAAAAGAUCCGAACAAUUAGAAUGUAAAUGCAAAAAAAAUUAACAUUAAAUGGAAGCCACAAAACUAUUUAAGCAGCAUAAACCCGCCAGCAGGAUUAAAGAUUCAUUUAUAGAGCUCAGGAAAAUAGAAAGCCCCUGCCUAGUGCAGAAAGGAUGAGAAAGGAAGUUUAAUUGUUCUGCUGCACCUGGCAAGACUGAAACAGAUCCUGAAAUCUGGCAGGAUCACCUAUGUUUGUUUAUUUUAGAGCCAUAAUGUUGCCUUAUAAAAAUUACAUGGUUUGGCUAUCUUGCAGCCCUUUCACACUGCAUUCUCACAGCAGUUUGAUUCUGCUUUAACCACCAAGUCUUCAUCUCAUGGAAUCUUGGGAUUUGUAGUUUAGAGAGAGACUUACUGCUUCUCCUAAAAUUGCAAACCCCAGGCUUCCAUAGUGGAAAGUGGAACCAUAGCAUUAUAACUGCAGAGUGUUACGGGACCUUUAGUUGCUGUAGUUAUUAUAACUUAUAAUUGUUAGAGUUUAAAGUUACUGGAACUGUGUCCAAGAUCCAGUCUGCCAACCCUGGUUUGGGUGAGUGUUUCUGAAUGACAGAGGCUUGGACAAGAUAGUCCUUGUGAUCCCUUCUGAUGCUGUGAAAUUGAAAGAGGAUUGACAGUACAGAAUCGGUUAGUUAGCGGUGAGGUUGCUUGAAGGUAAAGUACUAUUGAAAUGAGGGGAAUUCUGGACCCCAUUUGAAGCAGGAUUAGCGGGUGUGUUGUAUGACACAGAGGCACCCGUUUACUGUUUUUUAUGCCAUAUUAGAUAUUCCUGUUUUGGAAAAGCAGUGUAUAUGUAUUUUAAUAAAUAAAUAAAUAAAAUAUCCCUUUGUUUUAAC